AUUGUAAUAAUGAAUAUAGAUUUUAAGUGGUUUCGCACUUAAAUGUUCCGCCGAGUUUGUUUUUAACAUUGGUCAUGUGACGAUUGACUGGUUGAGUCACAUGAACAAGCGCACCCCUUCAGCUCAUUGACAGAAAUGGCUACCACGGAAGUGGAGCGUAGACGAGGUCAGCUCGCUGCUCUGUCCAUAGCAGCGGUGGUCAUCAUCGUGGGAGUCCCACUGUGGUGGCGAACAACUGAAACGUACCGUGCCUGGUUGCCUGUCAGUCAGAUAAAAGAACUGGCAAAGCUGCAGCUACAGUUGAGUGCAGAUGUGGAGGUCGUGUUUGCACGUGGCACUGUGACACCGGAACAGCAGAAGAAGGUUCCACUGACACAGACCCAGGAAGAGGAGCGCGCAAUAGAUGAGGACACAGCUUUAAGGUACAGGUAUGAGACAAGGUACCGCACAGCUACAAUCAUGGAGGAGGACGCCCUGAACCAGCCCUCUGCUGCAGAGGCAGAUUUAUCUCUGCACACGCUCAGUGAGAGUCCGUGUGGUUCUUUGGUUGUAUAUGUGAUCCCGGAGUCUUCUUCACUGCUGCCUGAGGAUGUGAAUGUGUAUAUCGGUCAGCGACGGACAGCCCUGCUGCGUAUUGGGCCCCAGAUGAGAGUAGGCAAGACACUAGAGCAGCUGCUGGCUCACCUGGAGCCUCGUAUCAAGCAGGUGCUGCAGGUGAUGUCUUUCAGCCACAACGACAUCACCGCUGCCCUCAGCGACAGAGUCCGUUUCAGUCCUGACAACAAAGAGAGCAUCGCUGACAGUAUGAGAGCCUUCAAAUCCAGCCCAGGUUAUGAGAUAACAUUCAGCCUGUUGAACCCUGAUCCAAAGUCACACCGAUUACACUGGGACAUAGAGGGUGCCGUGCAGACUUACAUCCAACCUUUGCUCACAAAAUUGUCCCCCGUGGCCAACUUUAGCAUCGACUCUCAGACAUUGUACUAUACCAUGCUCGGUGUCAACCCACGCUUUGAUACCAGCCGCAGCGCCUAUACGCUCAACGCUGACAGCCUUGCACAUGUCAUCAACCCGGUGGAGGCUAGACUUGGCUCCAACGCUGCAUCUUCCAACCCAGUCCUGAAUUUUCUGCUGUAUGUCCCAGAUGCCCAGCAUUCACCCCUUUACAUCCAGGGCCGCAAAAAGCAAGAGGUGCCUUCCAAUGCGUUUCACUCUCCACGAUGGGGUGGAAUUAUGGUUUAUAAUGUAAAUGGUUUCUAUGGAUCAGAGCCUGAGUUCCCUGUUGACAUCAACAUUGACAUGGCUAAAGUCAUGGGAGUGUUCCUCGCACAGUUACGACUGCUGCUAGGUGUGCAGUCAUCAACACCUCCUCCUGGCUUCCUGGUCGCACGGUGUGGCAGCACAGGACUCGCUGACUGGGAGCUGGACCGCCUCAUGUGGAGCCGUAGUGUGGAAAAUGUUGCAACAGCAACCACGACCAUCACCUCUCUGGCGCAGCUGCUGGACCAGAUAGGCAACAUUGUUAUCAAUGACAACAUUGCCCAGCAGGUGUCCAGUGCUGUUACAUCUCUGCAGCUGGCCGUGGCAGAGCUGGAGGCCGGGAACCUCGGCUUUGCUCUUCAGUACAGUAAAGAGGCCAUUUUGGCAUCAGAGAAGGCAUUCUUUGACCCCUCACUCCUCCACCUCCUUUACUUUCCUGAUGAUCAGAAGUUUGCUAUCUACAUACCCCUCUUCCUGCCCAUGUGUGUGCCCAUCCUGCUAUCUCUGCUCAAAAUAGUGUCUGAGGCGAGACAGAGACGCAGAGAGAAGCAAGCCAAGAAGGACUGAGACAUUUGAGGAGAUGUGAUGAACACGAGGUCUAAACAAAAAGCCUGUCAUGAAGAAUUUUUCUUUUUUUUUGUUGGUGGCCUUGACAUUUAAGUGCAAAUAUGGCAUGAAAAAAGGCUCAUUUCGCAGUACUGAGGUUUGGGGUUUGCAAGUCAUUUGUGAAUGAUUUUAUUGUUUCACCUGAGGAUUUAUGUCUGUUUUAAGAUUUUAUUGAAUGGCUGCUGGGACUGUCUUACGCUGUACAGUUGAAAAUUUGAAUUGUAAAUGCGUACAAGUUUUAUAUUUCGAUUGUACUUUCUAUUUUAAGUUAUUAAGAAAUAAAAACUGAAGUUCUAACUAA